AAUAUUCUUGGUACCAAUUAUUGGCCACUUAUUUAUCCCAAUUGCUUCUGGGCGUCUUUAAAUUCUUCCUCCAUCACUCUCUUUUCUUUCACUCUUUUGCUCGUCGUCGUACUCACCGACAACGUCAACAUCACCGCCAGUCUCAACGUCGUCCCAAUCGCCCUUCAUGGUGAAGCUUACACUUUCCUCUCCCAAAGGCAACCAUGGCGUUCGUUUCUUUCCCUGCAGUGGCUACCUCGGCUUAACACCUGUCAAGUUCGAAGGAGUCGUCCGCACCGAAAUCGAGCAGGAUGGAAAACAUCUCCCUGCCAAAGAUAUAACAGUCUUUGUUCGGUGUUAUGAAUUUCGUCACGGCCGAUUAGGGACAGUACAAUCCAAGAUUUUGGUAGAGCACUCCGUCACGUUAUGGAGGAAACCAGACAAUCAAGAUUGGGCGGAAAUUGGAAAUGUGGAACACCCAUUCCGACUAACCAUCCCAGCUCAUACUGCUGGACCAAGUACGGCUCUUUACUUUCAAGAGUAUCGGAUAUGUUGGCGAAUCGAGGCCGUCGUCAAUCACGCUCCCAUUCCGGGCGUCGGUUCUCGCUUGCUUAAACAUUACGAUCUCUAUUUGAUCCGCCAUGACUUACCAGGGAAUGCGUCUCCUCCCUCUCCAGUAACCCCGCCCCCAACAUCUUAUCUAUCCUCCCUAACCACCAAGUCGAGAGGUCCUUCACUGCGUUAUCGUAUUAUACUGCCCACUAAACCCGUUGGCCCCCUCGACAUCGUUUCUUUGCAAGUCACCGUUCAACCACUCGAUUCAGCUGUAUCCAUUCGUAGUGCAACUGCCGUUGUUGAAAGAAGAAUUCAAUUCUCCGAGCUCCCAACAUUGCCUUCUGGUACCUCGACACCAUCAGCCCCUACAUUGUCAUCACACUCAUACCUUGCAUCAAGUCGAGAAUCAAACUCUCAUAAUCAUCACUCUAUCGCAGCGAACUCCUACGACCCCACAUCCGCAGCGUCAUCCUCAAAUGAUCUCUCUCACCUUUCCUCAACCUCUUCCUUGAUAUCUGACACACGACCUCUUCUGCCACAACAACAAUCACCAGUGCCUAGUACCUCACAAGCAACUUAUACAAACGAACGGACAACGACACAUAUUUAUGCUCAUCUUGAAUCUUCUCAUCGCUUCACUCGCGAUUCUACGGGCACCUGGCGUCAGACGCUCACCUUUUCUUGGCCCGAUGCCAGUCCAAGUAGUCGAUGGACGGUUGGAGAAACGCUUCAGACCGGCAUGGUUUCUAUCAGGUUUUUUAUUCGCGUAAAGUUGAUCGUCUCCUCCCCUAACUCGAGCGCCGAAACGGUUGAGCUUGAUGACCAAGAAAUCAUCGUAGUCUCGACCAACGAGGCUCAGCGUCAAUUGGCUCUUUCACGUUAUUCCGCUGCAGGGCAGUCCAAGUCUAGGUCCCCCAAACGAUCAAAACGAGAACGUCCAAAUACAAAUACAAAUACAAAUACUCAACUACCAUCGCCACCUCGUAGCCCACCUGCAAUUGCCAAAGUACCAGAAAAGGCGCCCGUUGCACCUAAAGGCGAGCAUGAAAUAUCAAAUGGGCAUACCCACAAGUUUUCCUCUCUAUCAUCCCCACAAUCCGGAAGCAAGUACAAGCUAAAGUCCAUACGCAGACCCCACACUUCUGCGGGGCCCCGGGACACGCCACAUGGGUCACGGGGAUAUAACCAUCUUCACAAUCAUAGCAAUCGACACCCCGUUCCCCUGCGCCCAGAAACUGCAUACAGUGGACCUACCACUAAUGAACGCAGUACUCAUGGUGCUUUCAAACAAAAGUGGGUGGAAGCUCCACGGCUUGGCCAUUCUAGUUCAAGCGCGAGCUCUGAAGGAGCGCACUCGGCAACACCCGAAGGUUCUGUCCGCGCAGAAAGCAGCUUGUUGUUUGAGAAAGUCGGCCAAGUGGAGAUGCGUGCAUGGGAGGAGGAACUAGCAAGAAUAGAAUUGGUGAGCCGCAGAAGCACUGCGGAUAUGAUGGAUUUUGUGUCUCAGCGCAGGAAGCUGAACGGCCAACAAGUGAUACGGACAUUUCUGCACGCGGAAGGCUGAUUAGACGGAUUCCCUGCAUGCUAUACUAUUUAUCGCCACUGUUUUCCUACUGUCAUGCUUUCUUUCUCUAGCAUAAGUUCUCUCUGCAUAGUUUUUUUUCAACAAUCAAUACUGCAUACCAGCACGACUUACUGUAGAACGUCCAAUUCUACUAUCAUUGCAUAUCUUGGGGCAUGUCCUCGGACGCUUGUUUUGAUGACCUCCGAGUUGAUGAGUAUUGCGGUGGUCCAGGUUCCGGAGUUAACUUCCAGGUAUGAUGCGCGUCUGAGAUACAAAUAA